AGUGUCUAUUUCAGCGCACUAUAGCUUCAAAAGGCGUGAUAUAUGCUUCUUUCAGUAGAACCACGCCAUAGUCCUUCCUACACUCGUGGCUCGGGCAAAGCCUUUCUUUCACAUAUGCCGACUUGCGAAUUUCCUCAAACAUUCACGGUCCACCUGAGCGGAAAAGAACCACCAAUUACAAUGCUCAAAUCCCUUUUGAUUGGAGAAUCUCCCGCCUACAGUCUGAGGAAUUUAAUGUACAGUUCUAGCAGCCAUUGAUGCACCACUCUCAACUCCUUCACCAACUGAAACAAUGCAUAAAAUUCCAAGCUCUUAUAGAAGGCCAAAAUAUCCAUGCCUACAUACUCAAAACCGGGCUAGACUGUUAUUUACCCCAUUUUUCCAAUGUCCUGAUAGAUUUAUAUGGAAAAUGUGGCCUAGUUCCAGAUGCCUUGAAGGUGUUCGAGAAAAUGCCUCACAGAGACUUGUUCUCUUGGGCAUCAAUUUUAACCGCUUAUAACCAAGCAGACCUUCCCCACCGAACUCUUUGCCUGUUUACCAAGAUGUCCUGGCUGGAUUACCUAAAGCCUGACCAUUUUGUUUUCUCGACCCUGAUCAAGGCUUGUGCCAGCUUGAGUAAUGUAAGGCUUGGCGAACAAGUGCAUGCCCGAUUUGUAGUAUCACCGUAUUCACAUGAUGAUGUUGUUAAGUCGUCUUUAGUUGAUAUGUAUGCGAAAUGUGGAUUUCCUGAUAAUGCUCGUAUUGUUUUCGAUUCAAUUUGUUCGAAAAAUUUGUUUUCUUGGACUGCUGUAAUAUCAGGGUAUUCUAGGAGUGGUAGGAAAUUUGAAGCUGUUCAAAUGUUUCAAAGUUUGGAAGAUAAGAAUGUGUAUGCUUGGACGGCAUUAAUAUCUGGAUUGGUGCAGAAAGGACAUUAUGUUGAUGCAUUUGAACUUUUUGUGGAAAUGAGAAGAGAAGGGGUUGAAAUCACGGACCCCUUUGUUCUGUCAAGCAUCACUGGAGCUGCUGCUAGCUUAGCAGCAUUGGAGCUUGGAAAGCAAGUGCAUUGCUUGGUUUUGACCCUUGGUUAUGAAUGUAGCAUGUUUGUUAGUAAUGCGCUUGUGGAUAUGUAUGCUAAAUGCAGUGAUGUGUCCAUUGCAAAGAAGAUUUUUGACAGCAUGUGGGAGAGGGAUGUGGUUUCUUGGACCUCAAUUAUAGUCGGUAUGGCACAGCAUGGGCGAGCCGGUGAAGCAUUGGUCCUUUAUGAUGAGAUGAUUAUGGCUGGACUGAAGCCAAAUGAGGUGACUUUUGUAGGACUAAUAUAUGCCUGUAGUCAUGUGGGAUUGGUAGAAAGAGGUCGUGGACUUUUCAACUCAAUGGUCAAGGAUUAUGGAUUGCUUCCAUCUCUGCAUCACUAUACGUGCUUAUUGGAUCUAUAUAGUCGAUCAGGGCAUCUUGAUGAGGCAGAAGAUCUCCUUACAGCAAUGCCUUUCCAGCCUGAUGAGGCUGCCUGGGCAGCCUUAUUAUGUGCUUGUAAGCGGCAUGGAAAUAUCAAAAUGGGUGUUAGGGUGGCUGAUCGUCUACUGAGCUUAGGACCAGAAGAUCCUUCAACUUGUAUACUGCUGUCUAACGCUUAUGCUGGAGCUGGUAUUUGGGAAAAUGUGUCAAAGGUGAGAAAGUUAAUGACACAUAUGGACACAAAAAAGGAGCCUGGUUACAGUCGGAUUGACCUGGGAAAGGAAAGCCUUGUUUUCUAUGCUGGGGAGUCAUUGCAUCCUAUGAGAGAUGAGAUUUCUACUCUGCUUAAAGAGAUGGAUGCGGAAAUGCGGAGAAGAGGUUAUGUGCCUGAUACUAGUUUGGUUUUGCACGAUAUGGGGCAGCAAGAGAAAGAAAGACAGCUCUUUUGGCAUAGUGAGAGAUUGGCUGUGGCUUAUGGGCUGCUAAAUUCUGUUCCAGGGGCUGUAAUACGCAUAGUAAAAAAUCUGAGAGUUUGUGGAGAUUGUCAUAAUGUGCUCAAGUUUAUUUGCUCCAUAACAAAUAGGGAAAUUGUUGUUAGGGACUCCACCCGGUUCCAUCAUUUCAAAGACGGGAAGUGUUCAUGUUGCGACUUUUGGUGAUCACUGAUCACGGAGGAGAAGGUGGUAGGGUUAUAAUAGCUCAGAUUAUAGGAGGAAGAUGGUCACAGCCAAGAAAGAAGUGUUUUUUGAUUCUUCUCCAUACUCUCGCAAGAUUCAAAAAACUGUCCAACUUUAUAAUCCAGAAUCCUGAGAUGCAAUGCAACACUUUGAUCAAGGCUUCAUGAUAUGAAAUUCUCCAGGAUGUCAGGGUUGAUGGCUGUUUUAGGCUGUCUGAUUAAGUGCUUGGGCCUUGUACACAGAUUUGACGGGAGUCUCCAGAAUCUAAACAUGUAUCCCCUACUAAAGGAGCUGCCUAAAUUUGCAAAAAGAGACCCAUUGCUUGCUUAACAUGAACAUCAAGCAAUGCAGCAGUAGAUGAUAACAGAGAACGGGGUAAAUGAGUUGCAGUAGGUGCCGUUCAUGGAGGAAAAUAGUUAUGAGCCAAGAAAGAGAUAUAUGUUCCUUUUUCCAGCACAUACAUUUGCAAGAUUCAAGAAACUGGUUAUUUAAACUCCAGAAUUCUGAGAUGCCAUAGGCAUCAAUGUGAUGUGUAAUUUCUCUAUGACGUCAGUGUUGAUGGCUGCAUUUG